AUGAAGAUGAAUGGCCUCCUGAGUGUUCUUUUGGCCACAUCAGCAGCCUUGCUGUUUACAGCUAAGGGACAGGAAAACUAUGAUAUGUUGAGGGAGCUUGACAAGAAACAUGUUGACAUGGUUAUUAGAUAUGCAAAUAAGGAUGACGAGAUUCAAAAAAGCAUUGCAAAAAAAGAGCACCUCAAUUUUUUCAAAGUUAAUGAUCAAUCUGAGGUAAGAUUAAAUUAUUAAUGUUUUGUCUUUAAAAAAAAAAAAGUUUUUUAAUGUACGAUUCACCGUUGUUAUAAUAUUUGUAUUUUUUUUUCUGUCUAUAGGUCAAGGGUCAGGAAUUUAAAAUCAACUUGUUAUUGAAAGCAACAGUCUGCCCUAAGGCCAGUAGUGAUAGUGAACACAAACAUCGCCAUGACUGUGGCUUUAAACCCAACAGGGUGAGUAGUUCAGGUCCUCCAUGUAUAUGAUUAGUCUACUAUCCUCUUAUCACUUAUUAACAUGCCAUAGCUGUGAGACUUAAAUAUCCACAUACUAUUUUAAAUAGUUUUCUUGUAAAGGAUGAGGAUACAUUCAACUCCCUAAGAGCACAUUGGACUGCUCCAGAUAACGGCAUGCUCUGGUUUAGAGCAGUACUUCAUGGCAGUAGGAAGGAUCCUCCAUGUGUGUGAUUAGAGUUGUAGCCCUCUGUGAUCAUUUCUGAUUUGUGAAGAUAACGAAGCUGAAGCACAAGAGAGGUGUAGAUUUCAGUUAAGUUAUUGAAUUUACCUAGACUCUGGACUAUGAAGGAGGUCAGUAAAAGCUCACCCAUGUCCAAAUGCAGGACUUUAGUAUUUCAUAUAAUCAAUCUACCACGUCUAUACAUUCUUACUUCAUGUGGUCCUCUGUAGCUCAAUUGGUAGAGCACGGCGCUUGUAAUGCCAGGGUAGUGGGUUUGAUCCCCAGGACCACCCGUACGUAAAAAUGUAUGCGCACGUGACUGUAAGUCGCUUUGGAUAAAAGCGUCUGCUAAAUGGCAUAUUAUUAUUAUUAUGUAUGUCCUUUCUGUCUCUGCAGCCCUAUAUAAACUGUGUUGUUUGCAACAAAAACUUCCAUGACAGCACUGACCCCUACAUUGACUGUGUUCGGAACAAAGAUGUAAAGACGGUAACUAAAGCUUCUAAACUUAGAAAAAACGUGUCGUACACAAAAACAAACUUCUACUUUAAAAUACAAAUGUGUUAAAUUCUAAUUUCAUUAACUUUUUCCUCCUGACAAAAUCAUUGUGUUUUAUAUGAUUGUUCUUUUCAGCGUGAUGUCAUCCGAUACGACAAGUGUUCAACUCUUCUUCAUGGAGCGUUCUCAAUUUCAUCCUUCAGCCGGGAUGUUUUGGCUGUUUCUGAUAACUAAUGAAAGUACUUGUUCAGCACUGAUGGUCAGAGGCAGUCCUUAUAAAGCACUUCUGUCUUUGGAUUUUCAACGUAGCCUUUGGGAGUUUCGGUUGGGAGUUUCAACACAAUGCAAUUGUAUCAAAAAUACUCUGGAUUUCCAUUUUGAAGGACUCUUUUAAUCCCUUGUGGUAUCUUAAACCACAGAGCAAAAUGCUAAACGUACCCUUCUUUGCUGAUUCUCCACAAAUAAUCAAAGAAAAAGUGUGAACUUAAGAUUCACACGGAGAGUAUUACAAUGUUGUACGCUUACGAAAUAAUAUUACUGUUGAAAAUAAAGCUCAUUUAAACCAGUAUAACAGUAUAUGAGGGGUGAAAAUGAUUGCAACAAAGAAAUAAACCACAAAUGAAACAAGAAAGCCGUUAUUGGAUUUUCUCUUUUCAAAAUCUUAGCAUUUGUUUUACGUUUUUUGGGAAGAAAAUUGCCUGUAUGUCUGCAUAUGUCUUGCAGUGUAAAAGGACAUUCUACCUCUCUCAGGGCAGAGUUCCCACAGUCUGUCCUCUCUGAGCAGUCAGGUCUGCCUGUGACAGCAGAUCACGACAUGGUUUUUAUAGGUACAAUAAUGAACGUAGGGUCUGGUCUCUAUGGCCAGGCUGAGUCUGCACAUUGUCAAUUCAGUAUUUUCCUCAGUUACUGUGAUCAUAAGUCUGCCAUCGUGUACAACUGUGUGUGUAGGCCAAAUAGCAUUAAAGUUUGCUUUGGGUUUUUGUGGUCUUUCCAAUAGGUGAUAUAUUU